CUUCAGACUUCGGGCACAGCAGUGCAUGACACUGCUCACUCGAUCACAGACCAAGGCCAUGGACCGGAAGGCGGGGGAAUCCCUCCUGAGCUAUGAGGAACGCCUGGCGGCAUUCAUUCAAGAGGCCAACGAUAGGGCCGCCGCCGCGGCCAAGGAACGUCAGCAGCUUGAACAAGAGGAGGAGGCCAAGCGACAGAAGGAGGAACGGGACCGACUUCGUCAAGAGGAGGCAGACCUGCAGGCGGCAGCUGAACACCGGUCACGCCAGCGGGAACGACUAUUCACACGGGAGACCGUGAUUGGCGAUGAGGCCGCACGUUGGGUGGAAAUGGCAUCUACAGACGAGGCCCCGRAGACUGAGAAAGGGCUGUCAGCCCUUGCACAGGUUUCCCACGACCUCGUGGCCACCUGCGCUCUGCAGCAGGAGGAAAUCCUCCAUCUGCAGCAGACAGUGGACCAGAUGCUCGCACGGCUGCAAGCGUUGGAAAAACAGCCAGCAGCUGUAGCAGCCGCAGGGCCUGCAAACCUUGCGACCCGUGUUCGAGUCUUGGAGGACGACGUCGGCAAUAUCAAGCGUGUGCAUCAGGACUUCAGGACGUCGCAGCAAGCAACGAACUUGCAGUUGGAGACGCAGGUCCAGGCUGCUGCCACCGUGACGCCCGCCGCCGCAUCCUCCAGGCGCCCACCCAAGCUAGAUGACAUUCCAGUCUUCUGAGAUCAGUCCAAGACGGAACCGAUCCCGUGGUGGCGCCAGUUUACUCUCCGGCUCGACAUGCACCAUGUCC